CCUAACGAUGCCGUAUAAAGGUAAGAGAAGGUGUUUCGGGGAGUACCAGUGUCCCAAAUGCAACAGGAAAUGGAUGAGUGGGAACUCGUGGGCAGACAUGGGUCAGGAGUGCCAGACUUGCCACAUCAACGUCCUUGCUUUCAGACAGCGUCCUCUGGAGAAACCGGACGGCCUGGACGCGUCAGACCCGACCAAAAGACAUCCUCAGCAUCUCUGUGAGAAGUGUAAGCAGCUCGGACGCUACUGUGGUCAAUCUCGGUGGUGACCUCUCAUCCUAAAGACACCCGGAUAACCCUCAUUCAUCUCGUGCUAAAAUCUGCUCCACUUUAGCUGGACAAUAUUCACUAAUUCCUCAUUAUACCAUAUAUAGAAAAAAUCCAUUUAUUCCUUUAUUUUUUCUCCUCAAAAAGCCUAAACACUCUCAAUAAUCAGGCCGUUUGAUUUUAUGAGCAGUAUGACAUCAUAUUGCUCAUGCCCCGCCCACAACCACUGACAGACUGUCCCAUAUUAGCAUAUAUCCCUGAUAUAAUCAA